UCUCUCUCUCUGUCUUUCGCUCUGAGAGGUCAAAUAUUUUCCAAUCUUUCCCUCCUUUUACACUUUCUCUCUCCUCUCUCUCUCUCUCUCUAGUUUUCGAUCUUCACUCUCUCUCUCUCUCUCUCCUUGUAACUGGGUUUUUCGGCCGUCAGACAUGGACGGUGGUGGUACGUACAACCCGCGUACGGUUGAGGAGGUAUUUAGGGAUUUCAAAGGCCGACGAGCUGGAAUGAUUAAAGCCCUCACCACCGAUGUCGACGAUUUCUAUCAGCAGUGUGAUCCUGAGAAGGAAAAUCUUUGUCUUUAUGGAUUCCCAAGUGAGCAAUGGGAAGUCAAUUUACCUGCUGAAGAGGUUCCUCCGGAGCUUCCAGAGCCAGCGCUAGGUAUCAACUUUGCUAGAGACGGGAUGCAAGAAAAAGAUUGGCUAUCCUUGGUUGCUGUCCACAGUGAUGCAUGGUUGCUUUCUGUGGCUUUUUAUUUUGGUGCUAGAUUUGGAUUUGAUAAGGCUGAUAGGAAACGUCUAUUUAAUAUGAUAAACGAUCUUCCAACAAUAUUUGAGGUUGUGACAGGAACAGCCAAGAAACAAGUCAAGGAGAAAUCAUCAAACUCAAAUCAUGGCAGCAACAAAUCUAAAUCAAACUCUAAGCGAGGUUCUGAAUCUCAAGGCAAGUAUUCAAAGGCAAUGCAGUCAAAGGACGACGAGGAAGAGUGUUUGGAUGAGGAAGAUGAGGAGGAGCAUGGAGAGACACUUUGUGGGGCGUGCGGAGAGAACUAUGCUUCGGAUGAGUUUUGGAUUUGCUGUGACAUCUGCGAGAAGUGGUUCCAUGGAAAGUGUGUCAAGAUCACCCCUGCAAGGGCCGAACACAUCAAGCAGUACAAAUGCCCAUCUUGCAGCAAUAAGAGAGUCCGGCCUUGAUGUUUCCCAAGGAAUGGGUUGUCUCUGUAAUCUGUGUGAUUGACUGCUAAUUUCUAGUAGGUCAGGUUUAUUAAUCAGUUUCGUGUCUGUAAUGUUAGGGAUUUUUAUCUCAGAUACAAUGUCCAGGUUGCAAAUCUACUUGUUCAGUGUUUUCUUGUGUAUGAUAGGAUAUUUAUGUAACCAGGUUGGAAAUCUCUUUUUUCCCCUGCUAGCAUGGCAUUUGUUAUCCA